AUGUGUUGUGAGAGGCGGAGGAAAAAGGUUCGCCUUGCUCGCCAAAGAUUGUUGACGGCACAAUUGCGGCAACGAAGCUAUGCGAAUAAGCGCCGGAAGGAUUUAGAGUUCGCGGUUGGUGACUGUGUGUUCCUCAAAGUAUCACCCAUGCGUGGGGUGAAACGGUUCGGAAUUCGGGAAAAGCUUAGUCCUCGAUACAUUGGACCUUAUGAGAUCUUGGAACGUGUUGGGCCGGUGGCGUACAAGCUUGCAUUACCACCGAAGCUUGCAGGAGUGCAUAAUGUAUUCCACCUGUCGAAUCUCUGCAAGUAUUUUCGCAACUCCUCACAUGUGUUGGAGUAUGAGCCGGUAGAGCUACACAACGAUGUCACUUAUGAAGAGUUUUCGGCCGCGUCCGCUGAGGUGCCGCAUCUGCUCCGGCGACCUCUCCCCGUCAAAGUUAUCAGGUACGCCGCUCCCCCGCUGCGCACCCUCCUGCGACCUUUCUCCGGAAGCAGGCCAACCUCCUCCGCCCGCGCAUGCCCCCCGCGCCCCUCCCCCACCACCACGCAACCUACCCCACCCACCCCCGCUGCCCCUUUUCGCUCCGCCUUCAUCCUGGCAGCGAACCACCCCCUCCCCCCACCCUCCGCGCGCAUCUUUUCCCCCUCUGCCCUCAUCCUAGCAGCGGCUCUCGCACCAUUCCCCCCACCAAGGCAUGUGUGCCACGCGCCCUCCCGCCCCUUUUGUAGGGGCGCCACGCCCCUCCCCGCCCCUCUUUGUAGGGACGCCGCGCCCCUUCCCGCCCCUCUCGUAGCUCGCGCCGCACCAUCCGCAGCCCUCCCCAGCCACUGUGCCCCUCCCCUGGCAGCGACAACCUCCCCCCACCUCCACCCCCCGAUCUGCCUUCCAUGGUUAGCGCCCCCCCUGUAA